GGAUUUGGAUCCACUUUGCCAUCAGGCGCGCCUCGUUCUUUCUUCUCCGCCGGCUGCAUCCACACCAGACACCACACCACGUUGCUCUCACCGGUGGAAGGAAGUGGAAGUAGAAGGCUGGAAGCGGAAGCAUUCGAUUUCCAUCGUGGGGCAUGGCGGCGGAGGGGAAGAGGAAGGGCGUCCCGGCGCUAGGGUGGUGGCUGAUGCUAGUCGGCUCCCUCCGCCUCGCCUCCGUUUGGUUCGGCUUCUUCGACAUCUGGGCGCUCCGCGUUGCCGUCUUCUCGCAGACGGAGAUGACUGAUGUUCAUGGCCGUACUUUUGGUGUCUGGACUCUUUUGACCUGCACCCUGUGCUUCCUUUGCGCACUGAACCUGGAAAAUAGGCCUCUGUACCUGGCCACCUUCCUAUCAUUCAUCUACGCUCUCGGUCAUUUCCUCACGGAAUACUUGAUAUACCACACCAUGGCUGCAGCAAAUCUGAGCACAGUUGGCUUCUUUGCAGGAACGUCGAUAAUAUGGAUGCUUCUGCAGUGGAAUUCUCAUGGGAACCCCCGGGGUUCCUAUGCUGGGAAGCAGUCAUGACUGAUGCUCGGGUUGUUCGCUUGAUGUGGUCUGGGCCCGCUAGGGGAAGAAGGAUGGUUGAAGAAAGCUCGCUGGAAAGCCGCCUGAUGAUGGCUCUGCGUCAUUUGUACUUCAGUUUUCAACUUUUCAUCAUGUUAUUUCGUUGCAUGAGACGUUCGUCCGACUGAGCAGGGAGAUUUCCGAACAGUUAUGCCACUGGCUGGGAAUGAGAAUUUUUGAACACUGAACUCCGGCUGAAUCAUGUAGUCAGGAGCUGUAAUAGCAUUCAGAUAGUCACCGGUUGGGAGCUGAGAUGCCAAUAAGGCGGCGGGUAUAGAAAAGAGGUGGGCGUAUCAUGUGCUUUCGUUGCAGCCAAAGGGUGUAUGUACUCUGAAACUUUUGUUGUACUGAUGCUGCAUCUUUUGUUCUUGAAAUAAACCGUACAUUAGUACAGUA